ACAGCCCGCUCGAACGACAGACCACAAAAACAACUCCACACACACACACACACACACACUCUCUCUCUCUCUCACACACACACACACACGCACACACUCUCUCUUUCUCUCACUAACUCUCAUACUCUCGCGUCUCACAGUCGCGGACCCGAGCAUCUAGGGCAUCACAAGCACAAACAAGAGCACCAUGACGGAAAUGUCGGACGAUCUCGACAUCUAUGACGAGGAAGAACUGCUGGGAACUGAUCCUGGCGACACAGACAAGGCGGUUGACAUUUACGCAAAUGUGGAGCAGGCCCCAUCCACCGCCGUGACGGCGUCCUCCAAAGAGGAAGGAUCAGCAGCUGACACGGGCCGAAGCAAACGCAACGGUGCUGGUGCCGCGGACAAUGGCGACGACAGCGACGUCGACGGCGAUGUGGUCCCCUUCGAGCGGGUGCGAACCGGCAAAAUUUCACAGCUCAAGUGGGAAGGCGCACGCUCUGUGUACGUGGGCAACCUGUGCUGGUGGACGACAGACAAGGACAUUUACGAUGCGUGCCGCAGGUGUAACGUCAACGACGUGGAGAGCAUCGAGGUGUACGAGGACAGGCGCAACGGCAGAUCAAAGGGCUUUGCCAUUGUGUCGUGCAAGAACUCUGCCUCCUGCCACGUGCUGGAGCGCGAGCUGGUGAAGCAAGCCGUCGACGUGGAUGCCUCUGGCACCCCAAAGUUCUUUGCCGCCACCCACUGCCCCAAAACUUCCAUGGCCUCCUUCACCGCCAAAUACGGGCUGGCUUCCUCGUUCCCGUCGUCCUCAAGCUCUGCACAGGGUGGUGCGUCGUCGUCAUCAUCGGGCGGCGGCGGGGGAUCGGGUCGCGCGGGCCGCAGCAAGACCACCGCCGUCUCCAAGCCGCUCGUCGCCACCCCGCCACUCAGCAUCACCCCUCAGCCAGUCAACAUGCCAGGUGCCCCGCUGAUGUCCACUGCGCCCGGCGUGCGUCCACUCGGGCAGCCGCAUAUGGGUGGCGGCGGCGGCGGCGGUGGGAUGAUGGGCCAGCAGCCACGCGGACCGCGGCAGGGUAUGCACCCACACCAGCAGCAGCAACAGCACCUCCCCCACCAACAGCAGCCCGCACAGCAGCAGAUGCGCAUGCGCCCGCCAAUGAUGCAGCAACAGCCUCAGCCGCCGCAGCAGCAGAUGGGCCAGAUGGGCCAUCAGAUGGGCCAAAUGGGCCAAAUGGGUCAGAUGGGUCAGAUGGGCCAAAUGCCUCAAAUGGGGGGCAUGCCUCAAAUGAGUGGGAUGGCGCAAAUGGGCGGCGGCAUGCAGAUGCAGCAGCAGCCGAUGCAGACCAUGCAGCCGACGAUGCAGCCCAUGCAACAGCAGAUGGGCGGUAUGCAGGGUAUGCAGAUGCAGCCCAUGCAACAGCAGCACCAGCAGCACCAGCAGCAGCAACAACCCCAGGGUGGGCAGUGGAUGCAAGGCGGGGCCAUGUGGAACAACACCAUGCAGCCCAUGGGUAUGCAAGGUGGCAUGGACUUCUCAGGCCAAGGCUUUUCAUCGGGGAUGGGUAUGGUCAACAUGGACGGUCGGGGCGUGGUGCGCGGUGACGAUCGGCGGCGCGGUGCGGACCGCUCGGACCGACGCAGCGGCCGCGGUGACAGAUACAAGGAACGCAAACGCGAGCACAGUGAGGACCGCCAUGCUGGCAAGCGCUCUCGCUCCCGACGAUGAGCAGGAGAUGUUGCAGUCCAUGCCAUCCCCAGCUGCCAUCAUUGUGUGUGCAUGCGCUUGAAUGUUUGGUUAUGCGUGACCUUGUUUCCUCGCAUGCGCAUACUGUGUGUGUGUGUGUGCGCGUAUUCGCUUCUCUCCACUUGUUGCUUUGGUUCAAGUGAAUACAUGACAUGACAUGA